AUCUAUUGUUUUCUUUCUGAGAGAGCGCUCUGCAGACCUGAAAACACAAAGAUUCCUGCCGUAGUGGAAUGCCUGUCUUGCCUGGAUUUCCUUUAACGUUAUAGUGUUUUCUCACCGAAUUUCUCCAUCCUUGGUUGUUCUGGAAUGAGCUGUUUCCUGCCUGCGUCGUUUCCAUGCCAGCAUGGGAACUGUCGUGUCUAAAAGGAAGAAUUUAAGAAACGAUGCGAUAUCUUCCGUGGCAGCAAAAGUUAGAGCAGCGCGAGCAUUUGGAGAGUACCUGUCCCACACACACCCUGAGAACCAAAACGGAUCAGCCCAUCUCCUGUCUGACACGUUUGUGGGCCCAGACUCUGACUCCCCUGGUGGUGUCCGUCAUCACAACAACAACCAUCCAUACCCCCACAGGGGUUCUCCAGCCCUCCCUGAGUCCAGCCUGGUGAAAUCUCCGCUGGGCCACCUCCAGCCCCCGCCCCCCUCCAUCACCACCACCAAGACCCGCCUGUCUCUGGAGCGCAGCUUCUCAGCUGAAGAGGACCAGCAGAAGUGUGUGGAGUGCGCCCUGCAGCCUGCCCGUGUCUACACCAUCACCGGAGAGCACAGUAUGCUGGGUAGCAACCGGGGCAGCAAGGAGAGCCUGGAGCUGGAAGUGCUGAAGGGGGCGUCGACCCUGGUCCAGCCCUCUACCUCCCCCUCCUCCACCUCCUCCCCCACCCAGCACCACCUUCGCCAUGGACACCGUGGCAACACUCAUCGCGACGAUGGGAGCCAUCGUCACGGCAACCCUGUUGCCGGCGGCAGCAGCAGCAACCACCACACCCUGGCUGUUACCGGCGGGGGUGCUGCCCACCAUGGUCACCAUGGCAGCCACCACCACCUGUCCCAGCAGCCCCUGUCAAGCUCGGUCAGCGCCCACAACAUCCGCAGCUGGGGUGAGGGGGGAAAGGGGGGCUCGCGGGAGGACUGCAGCCUCAACAUGGCCUUGGACUCUAGCGGGGCUCCAUCCCGUAGCCAGGGCUCCCUGGAUCUAGAGAGCUCCCGCGAGGCAGGCAAGCAACACAGACUCCUUGAGAGGAUGUGGAGUGUGGACCGGAUGACUGGGCUGGAGAGAGAGGACAACAACUGGUACCCAAAAGAAAAUAUGUUCAGCUUUCAGACUGCUUCUACCACCAUGCAGGCGAUAUCGGCUUUCCGGGGAUUUGUGCAGAGAAAGAGGAGAGAAAGGGAGCUGGAUUCGGCUGAAGUCAUCCAGAGGAACUUCCGGAAGCAUCUUAGAAUGGUGGGCAGCAGAAGAAUGAAGGCACAGACAUUUGCCGAGCGUAGAGCGAAGAGUUUCAACCGCUCCUGGAGUGACCCCACCCCUGUCAAGAAUGACUCUUCACAUGCCACCAGAGACAGUGGGGACCUGCCAGCCUCUUGUGGGACUCUGGAUGAGGGGGAGCGUGAGGACCUAGACUGGGAGGAGGAGAGGGAGAUGGAGAGACUGGCCUGUGAGGGAGAUGACUUCAUCCCACCCAAAAUUAUGCUGAUCUCCUCCAAAGUCCCCAAGGCAGAGUACGUUCCCACCAUCAUCCGCAGGGAUGACCCCUCAAUCAUCCCCAUCCUCUAUGACCAUGAACAUGCUACGUUUGAUGAUAUCCUCGAGGAGAUUGACAAGAAGCUAACAGCCUACAGGAGAGGCAGCAGAAUCUGGAGGAUGCUCAUCUUCUGUCAGGGAGGUCCAGGGCAUCUGUACCUGUUGAAGAAUAAAGUGGCCACAUUCGCCAAGGUGGAGAAAGAGGAGGACAUGAGUCAGUUCUGGAGGAGGCUGAGUCGGUUUAUGAGCAAAGUGAACCCUGAACCCAACCUCAUCCACAUUAUGGGCUGCUACGUCCUAGGAAACCCCAACGGAGAGAAGCUGUUCCAGAAGCUAAAGAACCUGAUGAGGCCUUACUCCAUCCAAUUUGAGUCACCACUGGAGCUGUCCGCACAGGGAAAAGAGAUUAUUGAGAUGUACUUUGACUUCCGUCUCUUCCGCCUGUGGAAAACCCGCCAGCACUCCAAACUCCUGGAUUAUGAAGAUCUUUUGUGACGGGGCUCCAAGUGAAGUCAACCCUGUAGCAUACAUACAGUCUAUACUGGGGCAGGAGGACCCACUCAACACCACUGCUCAACACAACUGUAACACCCAUCAUACCUGCUUUCAUCCAGGAGAGGGCUGGGAGAGGUGGAAGAGGAGAAGAGGGAGAGGAGUGAUAGAGAGGAUGAAGAGGAGGAGGAGGAUGAAGGGUGACAUAGCAGAUUUCACGGCGCUGUGUGCCUAACCCAUUAUUUAUUUCAACCCUCCUCUUCACCUCCUACGCAACCACAAAGGUCAGGGGUUAAAAAGAGAGAAACCAAGCCAAAGGAAUGCUAGAAGGACAAGGAGACCUGAAGAUUGGAGAGAAAGAGUGAUGGAGUAUAAACGGAGAGACAGAGGGAUGAAGGGAUCUUCUGUGCUCCUUCUUUCUCUCCCUCGGGGAAGGUGUCUGAGUUGCUCUCUCGUUCUCUCCCUCAGGGAAGGUGUCUGAGAUGCUCUCUCUUUCUCUCCCUCGGGGAAGGUGUCUGAGUUGCUCUCUCUUUCUCUCCCUCAGGGAAGGUGUCUGAGUUGCUCUCUCUUUCUCUCCCUCG